CAAUCACCCACCUUGUCUAUCUCCAUUUCACACAAUAUCCACUGUGGGUUUGAAGAAAUUCAAUAAUACACUGAUUAUGACCUCAAACUUAUGGAUUCCAUCUGUUACUCAGCUAUAAAUACCCUGAUUUCAUUGGUUGAAUCCAUAAACCAUAAUCUAAGCUGUAAGUAAAACAGGCUUAAAUAUAUUCUUAUAUAUCGAAAAUGUCCACCACAAUAUCCAUGCUCUUAGUCGUUAUCGCUCUUUUUGCUAUCGUGUCCUUGCCAGCAAAUGCGUAUGAUUCCGAACCGUUACAGGAUUUCUGUGUUGGUGUCAACGACUCCGAGGCUAGCGUAUUCGUGAACGGGAAGAUAUGCAAGGACCCGAACACAGUAACCUCAGACGACUUCUACUUCUCGGGCCUCAACAAGGCCGGCAACAUAACGAGCCCGUUCGGAACCAAAGUCACGAUCGUAUUCGUGAACCAACUCCCGGGCCUCAACACGCUCGGCAUCUCUAUGGUUCGAAUCGACUUUGCCCCAAGCGGUGCAAAUCCUCCCCAUGUGCACCCUCACGCCUCUGAGAUUCUCUUAGUCUUGGAAGGCACGCUUUACGCGGGCUUCAUAUCAUCGAACCCAGCAAACCCAAAUGACGAGAAUAGACUUUACACAAAGAUUCUUCAUCCGGGGGACGUUUUCUUGUUCCCCAAGGGGCUUAUUCAUUUCCAGUACAAUCUCGGGAGCAAGAAUGCGGUUGCGAUUGCGGCAUUGAGCAGCCAGAACCCGGGAGUUGUGACCUUGUCUAAGGCCGUGUUUGGGUCAGAGCCCUCUGUUUUGCCCGACCUUCUCACGAGAUCGUUUCAGCUCGACAGUAAGACAAUUAACCGUCUCCUUUCGUUGCAGUGGAUUGGGAAUGCCUAAUCGAGAUUGUCUAUCGUUCGAGGGUUAAUAAGAUUUGUGGCUUCUUUUUUUUUAGUCCGGUGUGAAGCAAUAUUUACGUUGUAUGAAUAAAUGUUGGUUUAGGCCAAAGGAUCCCCUUUGGUCUUGUAUUGUCGUGUGAUCUAGUUUUUUUAUUUUUAUUUUUAUUUUUGUUUCUUAUAUCGCGUUUUGGUAUUUAUACCACUGAAUCUCUGGUAUUUUUAAUAAACGAUAUUUACCGAUUUGCGACGUGCUACUUUUGUAUGUAUGGGGCUAGAGUUCCUUUUAACUUUUUUGUUGCGCAUUUAGUUUUUCGUGAGUUUAUGAGAGCAUCCACAAUGCUUUGGGUCUCUUGAUAAAAAAUCACAUGCCAUAUAAGAAAUAGACCUAGUCUAUAAAU